CAAACUCUCGUACCUGCAGGGAAUGAAUUUGAUUGGUCCUUUUUCAUUAGCAUACGACGUUUGGACCGCUAAACUUUUGAAGCUUUCGUGUCCCUAACACGCAAUCCCAGGGUCCCAUUAAACUUGAUCGAUUUCCCUAACGGCGAACACUCCAUUCCACUAUUCAAACAAACGAAGCAACGUGCCCAACUCCCGAGUCCAACCCUGACGUUGACGUCUUCCCACCUCAAUCCUCGACGGCACGUAGCAAUUCGUUUUUGUUAUAAACACCAUGGCGCCUAAGAAGUCGGCCGCUGCUUCUGCGCCCGCGGCGCCAGCUUCGACAACUGCAGCUGCUACUACGACCACUACCACAGCUAGCAGCAGUGCCGCCAAGACUAGCACCAACGUCCCUCAAUCGAUCGACCAGGUAGCUUGGAACAUCGUCGAGCACUACCAGAAGACGACACCCCAGCGCACGAAGCUAAUUGAUGUGUUUAUGGCGUUCCUGGUUGUCGUCGGUGGCUUGCAAUUCGCAUACUGUAUCCUGGCGGGUAAUUACCCUUUCAACGCUUUCCUUUCGGGUUUCUCGGCUACGGUUGGACAGUUCGUUCUUACUGCAUCGUUGCGCAUACAAACCACCGAAGCGAACAAGUCCGAAUUCCCUGCAGUAUCACCAGAGAGAGCAUUCGCAGAUUACGUCGUCGGCAGCCUGAUUCUACAUUUCUUCUGCGUCAACUUCAUAAACUAGGCAAGCAAAAGGCGCAUGGAGUAUACCCGGGGGGUUGUACAAAAAACUCAAUGGGCGCUGGACCCAGGGGUAAGAUAUGUGAUGUCUAUAGCAUUAAAACCAG